AUAAUAAAAUGUUUAAAUAUACCAAAAUUUAUUCAUAUUCGUUGAUUGGCCGUCAUUGUUCACGGUUAGUUUCGACUAAACCAACACCAUCGACAAGAUCUUUCGGUAAUUUGCAAAUUGAAUCGAAAUUACGAUUGAAUACCGGUUCCAACAAUAACAAUAAUAUUAUAAGAUGCUCAUCAUCAUUAUGUUCGACUAAUUUUUGCUCAUCCGAUUGUAAAACGAAUACUGCCUUGUUAUUUCGUCGAUCGGACAAUAAUCAAAAUCAUUGUCGAACAUUUCAUGUAUCAGCCAGAUACUUUAACGAACUUCGUGAUGUUGUUGUACCACAAUUGGCCGAAUCACUAAGUGAAGGUGAUAUUCGUUGGAUAAAAGCUGUUGGUGAUCAAAUUAGUGAAGAUGAAAUUGUUGCCGAAGUUGAAACUGAUAAGACCUCGGUACCAAUUCAUUCACCAGUUGCUGGUAUAAUUGAAGAACUUUUAGCUGAAGAUGGAUCUACUGUCCAGCCGGGUAAAGUAGUUUUGCGUAUUCGUGUUGGUGCUACUGGUGGUGCAGCUGCUCCAGCAGCGGCAGUCGAAACUCCAAAACCUGAAUCUUCCGCACCACCACCACCACCGCCGCCAUCAACUUCGGAAUCUAGCCAACCGGCACCAAUGUCAAGCCAACCAAUUUCGGAUAUAAAAUCAGCUACACAAUCAAUGGCUAGUCAUCAAGCGGGUGGUGAAACAUCAUCAUCAUCAAUGGGAGGAUCAUCAUCAUCGUCGUCGCGGAAAGAAACCCGUGUAAAAAUUAAUCGUAUGCGUCAACGUAUUGCUCAACGUCUUAAAGAUGCCCAAAAUACUUAUGCAAUGUUGACAACAUUUAAUGAAAUUGAUAUGAGCAAUAUAAUUGAUAUGCGAAAUCGUCAUAAAGAUACAUUUCAAAAGAAACAUAAUCUUAAAUUAGGAUUUAUGUCGGCAUUUUUAAAGGCGACCGCUUUUGCUUUACAAGAUCAACCAGUGGUUAAUGCUGUUAUUGAUGGUAACGAAGUUAUUUAUCGUGAUUAUAUCGAUAUAAGUGUUGCUGUUGCAACACCAAAAGGUUUGGUUGUACCGGUCGUACGUAAUGUUGAACAAAUGAAUUAUGCACAAAUUGAAAAAGCAAUGAGUGAAUUGGGUGAAAAAGCCCGAAAUAAUCAACUGGCAAUUGAAGAUAUGGAUGGUGGUACUUUCACUAUCAGUAAUGGUGGUGUAUUUGGAUCGAUGUUUGGUACACCGAUUAUUAAUCCACCACAAUCGGCUAUACUUGGUAUGCAUGCAAUUAUCGAUCGUCCAGUUGUUAUUGAUAAAAAGAUUGAAAUACGACCAAUGAUGUAUGUUUGUUUAACAUAUGAUCAUCGUUUGAUUGAUGGUAGAGAAGCUGUUACUUUCUUACGAAAAAUUAAAUCUGCUAUUGAAGAUCCAAGAGUAUUGUUACUUGACAUUUAACAACAGCAACAAA